AUGGUUGAAUUCAAAGGACCUGGCUAUACAAGUAGUUAUAACAAUAUCUUUAUUAUUAUUCCGGCUAUUAUUAUUGUUGUUCUAAUUGGUUUUGUUGCUUAUCGGUUGGUUGAUAGUUUAUUGUCUAAAAAACGACAAAAAUUAGAAAAAGCACGAAUGCGUCAACAGAAAAAAGGAGAUCGACAAGUCUCACCUCAACCAUCUCCUGGAAAACCAAAGCGAAAAUAA